ACAUGGCCGACAAAGCGUACACAAAAACGCUGAUAAUCGGCGGGGCUGCGGUGCUCGGUAUAGCUACACUUGGAACGCUCGUAUAUCGUAGUCGAAAGAAGAAGCCCGUAUUCAAACCCGUUGGUACGUUGGAUGACUUGUAUAUCCACCCUGUGAAGUCAUGCCGUGGUAUACGACUAGACAGCGGAUAUUGUACCUUGAAGGGUCUGCGGCACCAAGUGUUUACAGACAGACACUGGAUGAUAGUAGACGGCGAAAACCGUUUGUUGACUAUUAGCAGCCAGCCGACAAUGGCGUUGAUCACCCCAAGCUUAUCCGAAGAUAACAAGUACUUUGAGCUUAACGCCCCAAAUAUGACGACACUGCGGGUACCUAUCCAGACAACUGAGCUCACCGAAGAUGAACAACGGGUUGUUGACACAAGUGUACUUGGACAACACAUACAGGGAAAAUACUGUGGUAAAGAAGCCGAAGAGUGGUUAGGACAAUAUCUUAAAGUCCCCGGAUGUAAACUUCUUCAUUGUGACGACACUAUCAAACUGCGAGACAUGCACGGAGCGAAGCGAAUGAAAGGCUUCGAUACAGUGACUGGUGAUGAAGUGGCCUACCAUGAUGACACUGUUUAUAUGCUGAUGAACCAAGCUUCCCUUUUAGACUUGAACAAUAAGCUGGACGAGCCAGUGACCAUGAGAAAUUUCCGACCUAAUUUCGUCGUAUCAGGAUGUGAACCAUUCGCCGAGGAUAAAUGGAAAUACAUUAAAAUUGGUGACGUCAUUCUGAGAUACAUUAAAUUUGAUGAAAGGUGUAGAAUGACGACUGUGAACCCAGAAACCGGUGUAAUGUCUGAGAAGAACGAGCCACUCAAUACGUUGAAAACAUACCGUAAGUGCAAGGAAGAAGACAAACCACUGUAUCGUAACGCUCCUUUGCUUGGAGUGCAUCUUGGGAUCGACGCCGCGGGAACUGUGAAGUGCGGUGACGUUGUUUAUGCAGCAUUCGAAUGAGCGUCCUCUUAUGACCUCCAAGUUAAUUGUAUGACAUGAAACGUUGCAAUAUUUCACUAUUCUAAGGCAUCUUACUGUUUUUCAAAUAUUAAAUAAAUUACAUCUGAAUAGUAAAAUGUGUGUAUCAGAAUGCGUGCUUGGAAAAUACUAAAUAAACACUAAUAUAUUUGAAA